AUGGAGAAGUCACGCCCCCUCACCCUGGUAAGCACAGCCCACCGCCACCCAAACCCCACCACUAAUGACCAGCACGACGUGGUGCUCGACUAUGUCAUCAACUCUGGAUUCGCGGGGACUGCAAAGGUGCUGUCGUCGUCGCGCGUCCCGUCCGCCCCAUGCAGCAGUACAUCGACGCCGUCAUCAGAGCGCGUAGAGGGCGAGGAGGGAAUGGACGUCGAUGACGGCGGGAUUGAUUCCGGCGCUCUUGGUACUCCCGCGACCCCAGCGACUCCAGCAAGUGCUGGAGGGGCCGUGGGCGAGUCACCUAUUCGCGCGGCGCUCGCUGCAGCGGCGGCGCGCAGGCUUGCGGCCACGAGUCCGGGAACGCCGACCCCAGCGCCCGACACCAUCAAGGAGGACGCACCAGCAAACGGCAACAGCACGAACGGCAAGGGCGCGAUCAAGGGCGACGGCGUGCCGGCCAUUGAUCAGGCGACCUUGGAGUCUAUCGACCACCGACGAGUGAUCAUCGAUGCGAUUCUGAAUGGGGCGAUUCCCCGCGCAGUCUCUGGCAUCCAGCAGCACUUCCCCACCGUGCUGAUGCGAAAGAGCAGCUCCUCGUCAAACGGGACGACGGUGCUUCAGCCCCCUGCGCCACCAACGAGCAUCCCGCCGCACCAGACACCAGUCUUCUCGCACUCGUACGCGCCCGAGCACGUCGCGCUCAACCUCCAGAUCCAGGCCUGGAUCGAGUCGUACCGGAAUAACCUCUCGACGCCGGGGUCGCCCGGCAGCUCAGUCGGCUCGCUGAACGGAUCAGCUAAGGAGUCGGGCCUCUCGGACGCGCAGAUCAAGCAGCUGACUGAGGCCUGGAAUGAGAUCCACCGCAUCGUGAGCCAGUUCAAGCCCGACGUCGCCGCCUCGUACGUGAAAGAGGUCAAAGACCUCAGCGGCCUGUUAGCCUACUCGGAGUCAGAGCUCGAGCGCGACGACUGCCCGCUACGCGGCUUUGUCGACCAGCGCCGCCGCAUCGCCCUCGCGAACCAGAUCAACGCGGCCAUCCUGCGCUCGGAAAACCGCCCGAUCCAGUCCCACCUCGAACAGCUCGCGAGGAGGACGUGCGCCGUCUACUCGACCCUGCACUCGCACGGCGUCGAGGUCAUGCCGAGCUGGACCGGGGAUGCCAAAGCAGCCCUUAAGAGGCGCCCGUUCCAGAAGGGCGGCUUUGACCUGCACGAGUACGUGUGGGAGAUGGCCUAG